AUGAAACGACGGCUCUUGCUCCCUGCGCCCCUCCACGUGGCGAAGGACGGCUAUCAGGAAGGGCCGGACAAGAGUCCGUUAUGCAGCAAGGAUCGGAGUGCGCCAAAACAAGAGCCAGUGCCAGGACAGGACACAAAGGUAGAGAUAGCGACAGAAACAGGAACAUUGGCUUCCCAGUCGCGAGAAACCGAGUCGGCACUGGAGUCGAUCCCUCUAUCUCCCACUACCCUAUCGUUGCAGCCAGAGCCACUCGUAUCGCCCACCGAGCAGCCGCCGGACUCCUCACACACCUCGACAUAUCAGCGUAAUCCCCGCUACUUGACCGAUCGCGACGGCAAUCGGGUGUCGUUCUCUUCCCUUUACUCUCUUACGUCCAGCAUCCACUCUGCGCAGGGAGAUAGAGAAAAGACAUCCAGUACUGCAGUAUCCAGUGCUGACGGCUCCGGUAAACCGCGCUCCAUCAUGGACGACCAGCGAAGUGUCUCUGCCGGGCUUUCCACCCGGCCAGACUCUUCAUUGCACUCACUCUCCGGUUAUCCUGGGCCGGGCACACCAUCUUCGCCCGGGUCAACAUCUCCAGGCAGGAUUGGAGUGUGUGCCCUUGAUAUCAAGGCACGCAGCAAGCCUAGUCGCAAUAUCUUGACUCGCCUUCAAGCAAGGGGUGACUUCGAAGUCAUAGUGUUUGGAGACAAAGUUAUCCUCGACGAAGAUGUCGAGAAUUGGCCAGAAUGUGAUUUUUUAAUUGCCUUCUUUUCUGACGGUUUUCCUCUCGACAAAGCCAUUGCAUAUGCAAAUCUCCGAAAACCAUUUUGCAUUAACGAUCUUCCCAUGCAGCAAGUCUUGUGGGACCGCCGUUUAUGCCUCCGAAUUUUAGAUCAGAUGGCUGUCCCCACGCCUAAGCGCGUGGAAGUGAACCGUGAUGGUGGGCCGACAUUAGCAUCGCCCGAGCUUGCUCAGCAUGUUUACAACCUGACCGGAGUACGCUUAGAGGGUCCACCGGAUGGUACCGGUGGUGGAACACCACGAACACAGUCUGUGACUAUGUCUGAAGACGGAGAAGCCCUCAUAGUUGACGGGAAAGUUUUCAAGAAGCCAUUUGUAGAAAAACCUGUCAACGGAGAGGACCACAAUAUCCACAUCUACUUCCCUAACGACCAAAAUUAUGGAGGCGGCGGCCGCAGACUCUUCCGGAAAGUAGGAAAUAAAAGUUCCGAGUAUGACCCUGAUCUGAAGAUCCCAAGAUCCAUAACCGAGCCAGACGUCAGUUACCUUUAUGAGCAAUUUUUACGCGUUGAUAAUGCGGAAGAUGUUAAAGCAUACACCGUUGGUCCCGAUUACUGUCACGCGGAAACCCGGAAAUCACCCGUCGUUGACGGCGUGGUACGUCGGAACACCCAUGGUAAGGAGCUGCGGUAUAUCACCAAUCUAGGCAAGGAGGAGGCUGCCAUGGCCUCAAAGAUAUCCAACGGUUUUGGCCAACGCAUUUGUGGUUUUGACCUUCUUCGCGUUGGGGAUGCCUCCUUCGUCAUAGAUGUCAAUGGCUGGUCCUUCGUUAAAGAUAAUAACGAUUAUUAUGAUAAGACUGCCAAAAUUCUUCGAGAUAUGUUCACUCGUGAAAAAAUGCGUAGGGAUGGGAAACUUGACGUUCCCGAGCCUGCGAAGGAUACAUCAUCAAGCACAUCACACAUGGCCAAUUCCGGGUCACACAGGCACACUCUCAAGUCGCUAUUGAGGUCCCCGAGCCUAGCAGGGCUUCAAGGUGGCUUAUCUAAUCACAAGUCUCCCGUCCAACCUCCAAGUACCAAGGGCGUAACCGCUUCUAUAGAGGCAGAUGUUUCACAUAGGAGGACCGUCCCUUCUGAAGGUGCCGAAAACGCAAACUUGAGCCCCGAAAGUCAAAUCUCUAAUGAUGCACCACAAGCCAUAGAAAUGCCUACCGCUCCACCACCAUCGUCUAAACAUUCUUGGAAACUCAAGGGUAUGGUAGCUGUGAUACGGCAUGCAGACCGAACUCCCAAGCAAAAAUUCAAAUUCACUUUCCAUACACAGCCCUUCGUGGAUUUGCUCAAGGGCCACGAGGAAGAGGUGAUUAUCCGGGGGUCCACUGCGCUCCGUAGCGUAACUAAUGCCGUUAAUCUCGCUUUAAAGGAGGGUAUUGAAGACAAAGAGAAACUCAUGCUAUUGAAACGUUCACUCGAUCAUAAGGUCGAAUGGCCAGGGACAAAGGUUCAAAUAAAACCAAUGUUUCGCCGCCGAAAUUCACAAGAAUUACAGGGGAGUCGCGCUUUGCCUCCCACCCCCCCGCAAGCCACAAGUGAAAUAUCCCAGGCCCCAGCCUCUCCGCCUGGUUCUGCAGAUCCUGAGCAACCCCGUGUAGCUCGCAGUGACUCCAUCUCGGGACCUACCUUUUCCCGCUUUUCAGCAGUGGAAAAUGAUCUGGUUUUAGAUAAACUGCAACUAGUGAUAAAAUGGGGCGGAGAACCGACUCACGCAGCCAGAUACCAGUCACAGGACGUUGGCUUGACAAUGCGUGAUGAUCUCAAGCUCAUGAAUAAAGAAGCGUUGAACGAUGUUAGAAUGUUUACAAGUUCGGAGCGGAGAAUAUUCGCGUCAACAUUUCUCGAUCAGAAGGACCUGCCGGAUGAUUUUAUUCAGGUGAGAAAGGACUUACUUGAUGAUUCAAAUGCGGCAAAAGACGUAAUGGAUAAGGUGAAGAAAAAGCUCAAGUUGCUUCUUCGAGAAGGUAACUCAGCACCACCUCAAUUUGCAUGGCCAAAGGAGAACUUCCCAGAGCCUUCCAUUGUUUUAUCCACAUUGGUGGAACUUAUGAAAUUUCACCGUUGCGUUAUGCGGCAUAAUUUCAAUAAGAUUGAGACCCACGGAAACUCCCACCCUGGUGCGUUUGGAUCAUCGUCACCCACCGAUAAAUCCCCAUUCACCGACAUCCAAGGCCGGUGGUGCGCCGGAGAAGAUCCGCAACUCUUCAAGGAGCGCUGGGAGAAGCUAUUCAAAGAAUUCUGUGACACAGAAAAGGUUGAUCCAAGUAAAUUAUCGGAGCUCUAUGACAGUAUGAAGUUUGAUGCACUUCAUAAUCGACAGUUCCUGGAGUGGGUCUUUCUUCCGCCAGACGAUUUCACAUACGAGGGUGAGACCGACAAAGAACGUGCUGGUCAAAUUACAUCUUCACACUUCUUGGAGCCUAGUUCUAACGGCACCAACGGCAAGUCCCGGCCUCCCGGACUUUUAGCUCCCCUUGAAGACUCUUACGAUUCAUAUUUCAAACUUUACCCUGGCUCUACACCCUCAAAACCAAAGAUCGACAAACGUCUUUCCCGCCUUAAACACCUGUACAGCCUGGCAAAGGUGCUGUUUGACUUCGUAACGCCCCAGGAAUACGGUAUAGCUGACCACGAAAAACUCGAGAUUGGACUUCUCACUUCACUUCCCCUACUUCAGGAGAUAGUUAUGGACUUGGAAGAAGUGCAAGCAUCUCCGGAUGCUAAAUCAUUCUUCUACUUCACCAAAGAGUCUCAUAUCUAUACCCUCCUCAAUUGUAUCCUCGAGGGUGGGUUGAAAACAAAGAUUGCGCGGCGGACUAUUCCGGAACUGGAUUAUCUCUCUCAAAUCUGUUUUGAGCUUUAUGAAGCUCGUGAUACAGAGGCCGAAACCUUCGCGUACUCCAUUCGAAUUUCAAUCAGCCCUGGAUGCCACACUUUUGAUCCAUUGGACGUUCAGCUAGAUUCUAGGCAUGCAAUCGGAUGUGCUCCCCGACGAAGCCUGACGGCCCACCAGGACUGGAAGGAAGUGAUUGAAACAUUAAAGGCGAAAUUUGAUACUGUUAAAUUGCCCAAAUCAUUUAUAGCAAUCAACCUCAGCGACAAACACGCGGCAGCUCGAGAAGAAGAGUAA